ACCCAGGCUCCAGCCCGCUGCCCGCGCGCGCCAGGCCGCUCGCCACGGCUGAGGGAAAACAAAAUGUCAGUCAGCGUGCAUGAGAACCGCAAGUCCCGGGCCAGCAGUGGCUCCAUUAACAUCUAUCUGUUUCACAAGUCUUCCUAUGCCGACAGCGUCCUCACGCACCUGAACCUUCUCCGCCAGCAGCGGCUCUUCACUGAUGUCCUUCUCCACGCGGGAAACAGGACCUUCCCCUGCCACCGGGCCGUGCUGGCGGCCUGCAGCCGCUACUUCGAGGCCAUGUUCAGCGGUGGCCUGAAGGAGAGCCAGGAUAGCGAAGUCAACUUCGACAAUUCCAUCCAUCCGGAGGUCCUGGAGCUGCUCCUGGAUUACGCGUACUCCUCCCGGGUCAUCAUCAACGAAGAAAACGCAGAGUCGCUCCUGGAAGCCGGUGACAUGUUGGAGUUCCAAGACAUCCGAGAUGCGUGUGCAGAAUUCCUCGAGAAGAACCUCCAUCCCACCAACUGCCUGGGCAUGCUGCUGCUGUCCGACGCGCACCAGUGCACCAAGCUGUACGAGCUCUCCUGGAGGAUGUGUCUCAGCAACUUCCAGACCAUCCGGAAGAACGAGGAUUUCCUCCAGCUGCCCCAAGACAUGGUCGUGCAGCUCCUGUCCAGCGAAGAGCUGGAGACGGAAGACGAGCGCUUGGUGUAUGAGUCUGCCAUCAACUGGAUCAGUUACGACCUGAAGAAGCGCUACUGCUACCUCCCGGAACUGUUGCAGACCGUGAGGCUGGCGCUGCUGCCCGCCAUCUAUCUCAUGGAGAACGUGGCCAUGGAGGAGCUCAUCACCAAGCAGAGGAAGAGUAAGGAGAUCGUGGAGGAGGCCAUCCGAUGCAAGCUGAAAAUCCUGCAGAAUGACGGGGUGGUCACCAGCCUGUGUGCCCGGCCGCGGAAGACUGGCCACGCCCUCUUCCUCCUGGGCGGACAGACCUUCAUGUGUGACAAGCUCUACCUGGUAGACCAGAAGGCCAAAGAAAUCAUCCCCAAGGCUGACAUUCCCAGCCCCAGAAAAGAGUUCAGCGCGUGUGCGAUCGGCUGCAAGGUGUACAUCACUGGAGGGCGGGGGUCCGAAAACGGAGUCUCAAAAGAUGUGUGGGUCUAUGACACCUUGCACGAGGAGUGGUCCAAGGCGGCCCCCAUGCUCGUGGCCAGGUUUGGCCACGGCUCUGCGGAACUGAAGCACUGCCUGUACGUGGUCGGGGGCCACACGGCCGCCACCGGCUGCCUCCCCGCCUCCCCCUCGGUCUCUCUAAAGCAGGUCGAACACUACGACCCCACGACCAACAAAUGGACCAUGGUCGCCCCACUCCGAGAAGGGGUCAGCAACGCCGCCGUCGUGAGCGCCAAGCUCAAGUUGUUCGCUUUCGGGGGCACCAGCGUGAGCCACGACAAGCUCCCCAAGGUUCAGUGUUACGACCAGUGUGAGAACAGGUGGACGGUGCCAGCCACCUGUCCCCAGCCCUGGCGCUACACGGCGGCCGCGGUGCUGGGGAACCAGAUCUUUAUCAUGGGAGGAGACACGGAGUUCUCCGCGUGCUCUGCUUAUAAGUUUAACAGCGAGACUUACCAGUGGACCAAGGUGGGCGACGUGACGGCCAAGCGCAUGAGCUGCCACGCCGUGGCCUCCGGAAACAAGCUCUACGUGGUGGGGGGAUACUUCGGCAUUCAGCGGUGCAAGACUCUGGACUGCUACGACCCCACCUUAGACGUGUGGAACAGCAUCACCACCGUCCCGUACUCGCUGAUCCCCACCGCGUUCGUCAGCACCUGGAAGCACCUGCCCUCUUAGGUGGAAUGCAUCCCGAAGCAUGUAAGCAUGAGCUCACGCCACUCGGUGAGAUAAUGUGAGAUUUCUACUUUGGAGAGACCAAGUUUAAUGAAGACAAAGAAAAAAAUGGAGAAGUUGCUUGCUACAAGACUCAAGUACCAUUCUCUGCACCUUGUCAAUGCUCUAACUGGACAUGAAGGAAGGGGGUGGGGGUGGGAAUUUUCAGUGCAAGUUAGCACAUGGUUUAAAUAUGAAUGAAUGAACCUGUGAUCUAGUCCUUGUCUUGUAAUUGUGGAUUAAUGUCAGCAUUAAUCAGCCCCUCAAAGGGAGAGAAAAGCUGGGCCUUUUCCCUGCUGUACCACAUUCAGCGUUUGAUUUCCUUGGGCCCCGCCAUUUAUGUGUAACAUUUGAAAUGGUUGUCACCUCUCUGGGGAGGGCGUGAAGCCUGCGAGACACCAGCUGCUGUUGGAGAAGCUGACUGCACUGGCUAGAGGCGAGGACCACUGGACACUUGAAUCGCAAAGGGGUUGCCCGCCCCCCUCCCCAGAAACACUUGAACAACGGGGACAUUGUGGUCGCCUGUUUGGGAGAUGUUCUUUUCUUCUAUUUAUAAGGGACUUUAAACUUCCCCUUGGCUGUUGAGAAACUCGUUCUAGAUUUAGCUAUUUAUUGUUGGAUGCCUGCAUGCUGGAACAAUGCUUACCGUUGUCUUCACUUGUACGGACGUGUGUGUGUGCGCGUGUGCGUGUGUGUGUGUGUGUGGUUGUAUGUUUUGCACAUUUUGUGGUUGUUGAGAUGGGCUUUGCUGCACAAAAAUGAAAAUGUUGGGGUUAGAAUUUGGAGUAUUACUGGGGGGUGGGUGGGAGGGGGGUGGGACUUUGGAAAUGCAAGCUAGGAAAGGAUAUAAGAUAAGGAAGCUAAGUUGCAUCCCAGAGGCAGAGAAAACGGUGGAGGUCACUUGUCAUGGAUUCUCCCCCUUUCCGUGGGGUUUCCAGGGAUGAGGCCGAGUUGAUGGAUGUGAUGAGAGGAAUAUUCUCUUGGCCCCUUCUUCCUCCCCUCGGAUUUACGGGACUUCAGUCUCUGUGACUGAGGUUUGGAAAGGACCAAAUUGCUUGACAGCUUUGUUUAUUUUUUAUUUGUUGUAAUAUCCUGAAGUCCUGGAAAAUUCUAAGAAAUCAUUCUGUAUAUAGGGCACAGAUGAAGACAUUGUCCAAAGUUUUAUUUAUUUAUUUAUUACCCUUAUAUGAAUACUUGGCCGUAAUCACAGUGAAUGGGGGAAAAAAAUCACACUAAAAGUAUCGCAGACACAAUUAAUACUCGGAUCAUAUUUUCUUGUUCUGGCUGUUCGAAGACUUAGCAAGUGUUAGAAGAUCAGGAAAACAUUUCUCUUGUGAUAGUGAACACUUUAAUGCCGAAACCUAGUUAAAUGGUGAAAAAAUACUCUUUGGUAGAUAAAAGUGAUAGAUUUGGUCACAAAACACCAAAGACUUGUAAACAGUGGCCCAUGAAGAGAUUUUCCGGUCCUGUUGGGAAUCAGUUGUGAAUACAUUCUUUGCUCUUUGGAGUGCUUGUUUACCCUAGUCAGUGUCCUGUGGUAGGGUUAGUGUUAGUAGGCGCUUCCUCAGGUGUUGGAGGAAGAGUAGAGUUUGCAACUGCUUUGAUCUGUGUAGGAAAUAGGGUUUAAAACUUGAUAACAAGCUUUUUAUAUUGUGUGUUUGCAUUGUCAAAUGACAGAUAAAUCCUUCCCAUUUCUCUUCACCUUAGGACUUUAGACUAAUUGUAUGUGUUAGUCCGUGAUGUGAAUAAAGGGGGCUAUAGUUGGACCAAAACAAAACAAAUGAGCCAUUGGAAUAAAAGCAUCAGUGCUUUGUGAUAGCGGUCAGUCCCUCCUUCCCUAGAUGUGUUCUGAGCAAUGCAAAUGUCUGAUUGUACCCUGGCGGCAUAGUCUGUGUUGUUAUCUUGUAAUAGUCAAGAGCAGCUUAUGAUGCAAAUCUGUCUGGAGAUGUUUGUGUCACCUCUCAGCUUCUGAAAGCAGGAAGAAUUUCCCGCAGCUGUUUGAAAGUUGUGGCCUGUCCUUGAAUCCUUUAUUAAUGACUGUGUAUGAGCCAAAGGGAGCUGCUGAAAAAGGGUGGGCCCCCAGCCUGUGGGGAACUUUCUGGACUCCUGCUCUUUGAAUUGUAGGCAUUUGGGCUGGCUACUUGACCAUUCUCACCCUGUGAAACGUCCCACACUUUGAAGCCAAUAUAAUUCACAGCACAGUACACACAAAAACCCUGGCAUAAGACAGAGAAGGUUCUUCGCAUUUUGUGAGGCGGUUGCUGUAGAAACGGAUAACAAAGGGCAGCCUUCCACUUCUGGUAUAAUUGUGUCGCCUCUUUUCUCCGGACUUGACACCUGUCUGAAUAAGAGUGAUUAGGGCUGCGUAAUAUCCCUCUCUUGGCUAUUGAAUAUGUGCUUCACAUACAGAACUCGGGAUAGGUUAGUAAAAUGUUUGUGUUUGUAUGUAAUCGUUUGCUACUACUACAUUUUAUUUUGAGGUUUUGUAAAACUGUUACUUGUUUUCACAAUGUGAAACUGAAGGUCAAUAAAUUAUUAGAGAUUUUCUCUUCAUUGUC